AUGCCUACCGUCGAUGGAUCUUUGACCUGGCUGACAGAGACCAGGCUCAGAGCCGUUUUCGUUAUCAACGGCAUUCGUCGUAUAUUCAGCAUGGAAAUAUCCCCGAGUGUCCAGAGCUUCACAACGAGCGACGUGAAAUUGAAAUACGAUACCGAGAAUCAGCUGACAUCCACGCGUGUAUUCCAAGGCGUUAUAGGAAUAUUGAACUUCCAUCUACAACUUGGAGACGGUCCUGUCAUCUCGGGAGCCAUCAAAGCACCUGGAGUCAACCCGGCAACUACGGUCGAUGGUACUGGUACUUGGGAGGAGAACUAA